GGUUCCUCUUGGAAGAGAAGAGCACCAACAAGGAAAUAAAGUAGAAUGGCUGUUUUAUGGCCAGUCCAGUUUUCUAUUGUGACUCUUAAUAUCGUCGUCGGAGACUUUUGUGGAAACGUUUUCGAAACUCAACUUGACUAUGCUUUAUUCGGUCACGAUAUGUACACGACUGUUGUUGUAGACGAGUUUGAAUGUCAGUUAAAAUGUAUGGAAAAUAACAGUUGCAAAUCGGUCAAUGUUCACCCUGAUCAGAGUAUUGGACAGCGCAUCUGUGAAUUGAAUAAUAAAACACGGCAGUUGAAGCCAGCUGAUCUUAAACGAAAGGAAGGAUCUACAUACUAUGGCUCUGUUCAGGCUUCCUGCAUGGAUGUUUCUCGGGAGCAAACUCGACCCGCUAACAGCGAUCAGUCUCAUUCUGGAUACAAGGGAACACGGUGUCAAACACCCCCCGUGUUGAAAGUAUUCAUCCGCAGUGAGGGUUGUGAUGAUCCAGGAAUUACACCUGGCUCGUGUGGUAAUGCUUACAUCAAAGUGAAUGGAAAAGAUUAUUCUCCACACAUCAGAGGCCAUAAUGUGGUUGUUAUCAGCGCUAUAACAGAAAAAUCGUUCUGGUUGCCAUUCAAGAUGAAGGCUCAGUUUACAUAUCACCAGCGAUUGACGCUCUAAUAAGAGUUGGGGCUACUGAUGACCUCCUCAAUCUGACAGACUACAGAGGAUCUUUUGCUUUGGUGGGAUACGCAGGUGUGAACAAACCAUCUUGGAUUGCACAAAAUGAUGCCAAGGCAAGAAGGGGACCUAGUGAGAUAUCUCUGACAAUUCCAUUAUCCACAGUUAUCAAGGGCUUAUAUUACAACCAGCCUGGCCAUUCCUGCAAAGACAUCCGGGACUCGGGUUGCUUUAAAAAGGACGGACAGUACUGGAUCGACCCUGAGAAGAGCGGAAACCCCUUAAAGGUCUACUGUGACAUGACAACUGACGGAGGAGGCUGGCUUCUUGUAUCCAACAUUGUGGUGGACAACCCAUCCUCUCGAGACCUUUGGAUUGAGUCAUCAUACCGCGAAAUCAGCAACUGCCACAGAAACAAAAAGUUGUUCAUCACAGAAAAUGCCAUGAAAGAACUGAGAACGCACUUGUCUUUCACUCAGCUGAGAUUCCAGUGCAACAAACAAAAGGGAAGAAUGAUCCACGUGACCACGGCCACUAACAGUUCUGGUGAAGCUGUAGUCCAGUACUUCAGCGGUCAGACAAGUCUGCGACCUUUGGCCUGUGGCUCGUUCAACAGAA